CACGACUACCUUCCACCUCUGAAGUUUCGAUGACAUGACGCACUUAUCGGCGGCGCCAUUCAUAUACUAACUCGCCGACUAAAACCCUGCAUGUAUGCAAGCCCCUCUUUUACUGCACCAUGGUAAAGAACCCUCGGCUUUUUCCUCCUCGACGUCUCCAGCCAGGCAAAAGGUCAUUUCUUUCUAUUUUAAUCCUUUCCAGUUUUAUAACCAAACCCACUCUCCCUCUAGCAUGAACUUAAAGCAAACCGCCAUACUUUCUGUUUUGGCCACCAGCCGUUCAGUUCAGAAAUCCAACUCUGCUUGCGCUCUAUUACCCGCCUGUUCCGCCGUCUACACAGCAGUGUCAUUCUCCUCUUAUUUGGGUGAUAUCGACGUUAGCAGUGCUAUAUCAAUGAGUAUGUCUCAUUUGUGUGGCCUUUCUGACGAAGAGUUCUGGAAUGAUGCCUGGACCUGUCACCUAUGUACGGAUCCCAAUGACGACUCUGGCUCUAGCCAGGCAAAGUACAAGGCUAAUGUCUGCAAAAACUAUGUAGCUUCCUCUGUCUCCUCAGCCUCCUCUAACUCCUCAGUCUCUUCUGCUGUUUCCGUGGCUUCCUCUGCCUCUUCAUCUGCUAUUUCCUCCUCCUCCAAGGCUGCCGGUGCCAAGAUUACUGCUGCUAUUGGUAACGUCGUUGGCUCUGCGCUUUUCCUUUUGCAACUUUUAUAACUGGUAUCUUUGAAUUACAUCAAUG